CACAGAUGCCCAAUUAGAAGAGUGGAAGAAUCUCAAAUCUUGAAACUAACACCAUGUUUGCCCAAUUAAUUACCACAUUCAUUCCCUUCUCACAUACCAUCACUCAAAUCCAAAAACCAAUUACACACAAUCAAAUAACCAAUCUCAAACCACAAACUAAUCAAUCUCAAACCACCAAAAAACCCAACAAUUUUUCAUCCAUGGCUUCCCCAAAUAAAGACCAAACAAUCACCAAUGAAACCACAAACACUGUCUCUUUUUCCUCUUCUUCUCCAAUCUUCAUUUCCACUCAGAAUUUACGAACCAUCCUCACCCAUCAAACUCUAAUCAACCACAUCGACUCCAAUCUCCCCAAAGUUUCAACCUUUCUCCAAACCCCAAUUCGCCAACACUAUAAUCUCUCUCCUUCCUCUUCCCUCCUCCUCAUGCCUUCAUGGUCUUCUUCUCCCUCCUUUCCUUACGUUGGUGUCAAACUCGUAACCCAUUUCCCUCAAAAUUCAUCAAUCAAUUUACCUGGUGUUCAAGGUAGCUAUGUCCUCUUCAAUUCAACCACUGGUCAAACCCUUGCUUCCAUGGAUUCCACUGAACUCACGCUUUACAGAACCUCUUGUGUCUCUGGUUUGGGUUCUAAGUAUUUAUCUAGAGAUGAUAGUGAGGUUCUUGUUAUGGUUGGUGCUGGUUCCCUUGCGCCACAUUUGAUCAGAGCUCAUUUUUCAGCUAGGCCUAGUUUGAGAAAAGUGUUGAUUUGGAACAGGACUGUUGAAAAGGCGGAAGCUUUGGCUAAGAAACUGAGAGAAAGUGAGGAUUUUUCACUCUCAGGGUUGAGUUUUGAGGGUUGUGGGUGUUUGGAUGAGGCUGUUGGAUUUGGGGAUAUUGUGAGCUGUGCUACGAAUUCGGAGACUGCGCUUGUGAAAGGCGAGAGGUUGAAGGUUGGGGCUCAUUUGGAUUUGGUGGGUUCUUUUAAGCCUUCAAUGAAGGAAUGUGAUGAUGAGGCUUUGAAAAGGGGGAGAGUGUUUGUGGACAAUGAGGCUGCAUUGGUUGAAGCAGGGGAGCUGGUGGGUGCUUUUGAGAGGGGUGUGAUCAAGGAAGAUGAAAUUGAGGCAAAUUUGGUGGAGCUUAUUAGAGGGGAUAAAGUUGGGAGGAGAAGUUCAGAGGAAAUUACUGUUUUUAAGUCUGUUGGUUCAGCUGUGGUGGAUAUGCUGGCUGCACAGUUUGUUUACGAGGCAUUCACAGGGAAAUAGGUGUAUCUGAGUUAUAGUUUAUGCUUAAUAGUUCAAUAAGAUUUCUCAUGUUGGCUUGAGAGGAUGACUAGAUGUAAAAGUUUGGCAAAAUAAUUUUGACUGAGUGAUCAUAGCUUCUAAAUAUUAUUAUGGUUUACUUUACAUGAUUGCUUCUA